UGCACAGCCACGACGGGGCUCGCCCCAGGCAGCCGUCGGAGGCCUCUAGGACCCGGGGGCGCCCGGCCGGCCGCCCGAUGGCCCAAAAUAGACCCCUGGGCUGGGGACCCGAGCGCUGGUCAUGGACCCGGAACAAGCCGGACGCCGCGGAGCCGCUGAGGCCGCCCCGCCGCCGUUCGUGCGCGUCGCCCCCUCGCUCUUCCUCGGGAGCGUGCGCGCCGUGGCCUCGCCGGAGCUGCUGGCGCGCGCGGGCGUCACCCUGUGCGUCAACGUCUCGCGCCAGCAGCCCGGCCCGCGUGCGCCCGGCGUGGCCGAGAUGCGCGUGCCCGUGUUCGACGACCCGGCUGAGGACCUGCUGGCGCACCUGGAGCCCACCUGCGCCGCCAUGGAAGCCGCGGUGCGCGCCGGUGGCGCCUGUCUCGUCUACUGCAAGAACGGCCGCAGCCGCUCGGCCACUAUCUGCACCGCCUACCUUAUGCGUCACCGCGGCCUCAGCCUGGCGCGGGCCUUCCAGACCGUGAAGAGCGCCCGCCCAGUGGCCGAGCCCAACCCGGGUUUCUGGUCGCAGCUCCAGAAGUACGAGGAGGCCCUGCAGUCCCGGUCCUGCCAGCUCGGGGAGCUCUCGGGCCCGAGUGAGUCCUAGUCGGUCCGCCCUCGAGGACGCCCAGCCUCAAGAAGGGCGCUUGGAGUUUCCUGCCGCCUCGGGGUGGAAAGAGGUACACAGACGAGAGGGUGGUCUUUCCUCUCCUGCCGCACGCCGCACGCACGGAGUUUUCAUUUUCUGCAACUUCCCGAAGGCCUCUGUCCCCUCUUGACGUUUGUCAAGUGCAAGGGUGUGUCCACCGAGAACUGGGAACCGUUCCUCCCCUGGUCAGCAAAUUUAUUAGAAAGGACUUGGUCGAGAAGGUGAAAACCACCUGGGGAAUUGUAGCCAGAAAGACACCUAACUACAGAGAGAUGGAGGCCGGGGAGCCAACGUCAGCAGAUGGGGAAGUACAGCAAUCACGGAGACCCGCCGCCCUGAGCCCGGCUGCCUUCAGCUCUGAUGCGGGCGGCGCUGGGAGGACACCUACGGCUGCUGGCAGAACGUCGCGCCUGCCACCUGCUCGAACCAUAGUGGCUUUCCCAAAGCUCACACAGGCCCCCUUACAGAAACCAACACGGGCUCCAGCCAGCGAGGGCCCAGUUUCUAGACUUAAACCUGCUGCAGACACGCAGGUGAGGUCGCGAGGCUGUGACAGAUCACCCAGCAUGGACACCCUUGGGGCUGUCAGAGUCUGUACCCACCUUACUGACCUCCCAGUCUCAACCACAGCACUGAGCCCCGGCCUAACAGCCUGCAGCCACGGGCAUGCCAGCGAUGCACUAACCACGGUGUGUCUGAGUAUGCUGACCCCUCUUGUGGUUCAGAGGCAGCUCAUCUGGACAUCCUACAGCCUAAAGACUAUCCUAGAAAAUUAAUCACAGUCAACACUCCUUAAAUAAGAUGUGGAGAAACUAGGUAAUAUGUGAGUUACAGAUAAUACAGUCCCUGGUUAAUAUAUACAAAUACACACGUAACAAGAUAAUGAAUAAAA